CUGCAUCAUGCGGCGCGCUGCGGAUGGUGUUCCGCCAUGCGAUGGCUCCUAGACCACGGCGCUAACGUGGAAGCGACGGAUCUCGUGGAGAAAACACCUGUACAAUACGCCGCUUAUGGGGUCCAAUGCGACGCAGCGGUCCUCCUGCUCGACGCAGGCGCGCGAGUCGAUGCGCGUGAUCACUACUCGAGGACCGCUCUCCACCUGGCUGCCAGCGGCGGACGUCGCGAGAUGUGCAAGCUCCUCGUGAGCCGCGGCGCGUCGCUCGACGCUCGC